UGCAUAGCUAUUUACACGUCGUUUACGUAGAGUUAAUAUAAUUAUCAUAUGAAUUAAACGACAUAUAAUGAGUUUAGUGCGUUUCAUAAUAGACUUACAGUAUCUGUGAUUAGAAGAUAAGAAAUAGAACAGGUUUAUACGGCAUCAUAAUACUACUUGUCUACCGUGCGUGGACAGGUCACUACCGUGCAUGCUAUAUAACAAGACGUGGUAAUACAUGUUAUAGUUUAGAGCUCAGAAGUUCGUAGAUUCUACGAUAAUCCGUUAAAUUCUAAUACAAUUCGUUAAAUUCGAUCUACGAUAAUCCAUUCGACUCUACGAUAAUCUUCUGAAUUCUACAAUUAUCCGUUUUUCUAGCGACAGUUCAGACAUGGAUGCGAAAAAGAGUUUCAGCUACGAGGUGAUCAGUGAGAGCGCAGAGUUCCUGCUGCAGCGCUCACCGCACCGCCCUCGCGUCGGUGUCAUCUGCGGCUCAGGCCUCGGGGGGCUGGCGGCCCUGCUGAAGGAGCGCCACGAGGUGCCCUAUGAGGAGGUGCCCAACUUCCCCGUGUCCACGGUCCAGGGGCACGCGGGCAAGCUGGUACUGGGGGUACUUGACGGGGUACCUGUCGUCUGCAUGCAGGGCCGCUUCCACGCCUACGAGGGGUACCCUCUGUGGAAGUGCGCGAUGCCUGUGCGGGUGAUGAAGCUGAUGGGUGUAGAGCAGCUGAUCGUCACCAACGCUGCUGGUGGCAUCAACGAACAGUUCAACGUUGGUGACAUCAUGAUCAUCAAGGACCACAUCAACAUGAGCGGUUUUGCCGGGGACUCGCCGUUGCGAGGCCGCAACGACGAGCGCUUCGGGCCCAGGUUCCCGUCCCUGAACAAUGCCUACGACCGGGACAGCCGGGCCCUGUUCCAGGCCAUCGCUGAGGAAAUGGGCCUGGGCCCCAUCGUCAAGGAGGGGGUCUACGUCAUGCUGGGUGGGCCCACGUACGAGACGGUUGCUGAGCUGCGCCUCCUCAAGCUGCUGGGCGCGGACGCGGUGGGCAUGUCGACGGUGCCCGAGGUGGUGGUGGCCCGCCACUGCGGCAUGAGGGUGUUUGCCUUCAGCCUCAUCACCAACGCCUGCAUCAUGGACUACGACACCAACGCCAGCGCCAACCAUGAGGAGGUUAUCGAAACAGCCAACAAGCGGCAGCACCAGCUGCAGGAGCUCGUCAGGAGGAUGGUCGCUAAAAUGUGAAGAGCAACGAGAACGUUUUCAACUUGAACUUAUUCAACUUGAACCUGUUCAACUUAAACGUAGUCAGCUCAUACGUGUUCAGCUUAAACGUGUUCAACUUGAACGUGUUCAACUUAAACGUGUUCAACUUGAACUUGUUCAACUUAAACGUGCUCAACUUGUACUUGUUCAACUUAAACGUGCUCAACUUGAACGUGUUCAGCUUAAACGUGUUCAACUUAAACGUGUUCAACUUGAACUUGUUUUACUCCAACGUGUUAUCGUAACGUGAUACCAUGCAGUCAAAACAAACGUGUUCAACUUGAGCUUGUUCAAUUCAAACGUGCUCAAUUUGAACGUGUUCAACUUAAACGUAGUCUCUUCAAACGCGUUCAACUUGCCUGCAGUCAACUCAAACGUUUUCAACUUGCUAAAAUAAUUCUGCAUUUCAACUGUAAACUAUUCAGCUCCAACAUGAUUCCAAAAUCAGUACUUUGCAACUCAAAUUUGCAGAUGUAUGAAUAGUGCCUUCUAGUAUUGCUAGUGUUACUACUUCUUGUACACAGACUUGAUGAAAGUUGUGUGUUGCGUUGGUGGCUGCGGCGGUGAGUGUCAACGUUCUCGUCUCUUCAACUUAUGUUGAUUUGCUCAACUUAUGUGAAAUUAUUCAACUUAUCUUCAAGUAUUUUACUUAUGUGGAAUUAUUCAUAUUAUGUUGAAUUGUUCAAGUUAUUU